AUGCACCUCGCCGGGCUUUUCACAGUGGCUCUCACCACAUUGGCCGUGAACCCGAGCAAUGUGGUUGCAAACGCAUUGAGCGAAGCUCCCAAAUCUAUACAGCCUCGCGGCAGCACCGACUUGGCCUCUGAGCAGACCUACCUCACCUGGGUCGACGGGCAAUUUCGAAGGGUGAAAAAGGAUUGUGAGCUCUGGCUAUUUGAUACCCGCACUAAACAGGUCAAAGAGAAGAGAUAUGAAAACUACAACACACUCGUCGUGUUUUCGAUAGAACAUGGAUUUAAUGUUCAAGUGGAGCGCAAGGACGGCUAUUUCGCACCUCAAUGCAUAGGACAUCUGACAGAAGGCGAGUUACCUCCUGGCUAUGACAUCGCUAUAUUUCAGGCGGGCAAGAGUCCCGAACAUCAUGAUACCCAUUGGUUACGAUAUCUACCCCAUGCAGAAUCUUGCGUUGUUGCGAUACAACAUGGUUACAUCAAAGCCCAGAAAAUCGUACCAUUUGGCGAGGAGGCUUGGUUUCACAAGUUCAACAUUGGUGUCAGUGUGGAGCCGCAAAUUUACGGUCCUUAUAAUCGAAGAAGAUGCAAGGGAAAACUCUCGGAAGAUACCGACUUACCUUAUGAAUUCGAGGUGCUUGUGCGCGACAACCUAGAAGGUGCAAAGUGGCAUCAAAUAAUAUCGAGGCCGUAA